AUGUCAACAACAACACAAACGCACGGGAAGAAGCGUGGCGGCCGCGGUGCCGCGGCAUCACCGGCCGCGAAACGUCCUCAUUCUCCGCGUUAUGACGGGGGUGAGGGAGAGCGGGAGGCCAAAAGAAAGCAUCCUUGUGGUGGGGGAGACGCAGAGGUUCUUCAUGGCUCAUUCGUCGUGGCGGAUCUUCCGAGCAACAUGUCCGCCAUCUACACCCGCGCCGUGCGACGUCUCUUGCCACAGCACCAGAGGCAAAUCUCGGACGCCGGCAUUAUGGAGGAACCAGAUGGGGCGACGCUCACUUUUGAGGUCCCUAACAAGGCCGUCGCGGCGGCCAUGUUCAAGCGCCUGCAGAACGCCAAAAUGUAUGGCAGACGGUGGAAGGUGCAGUACUACCCGCUCUCCGCCGUGGAGUGUGCAAAGCAGGCGUGUUUGGUGGACGUCCGUCUUGUGCCCGCGGCCCCGCGGGCCCUUGCCCUCCGCGCGCUUGGCGGGGUACAGGGAUUCCUUGCCCUCAUCGACGCGAGUGACAGCAGCAGCGCCGUCGCCCCUGUUGCCACCCCUGCGACGGUCUCGGCCGGCGCGGCUGCCGGCGGCCAGCGGCCUGAGAAACGGCACCGCACUUUGACGAAAGGCAGAGGACACGCGAGCGCGGACGUCGGCGAUAGUGACGGCGAGGAGGAUCGCGACAUUUGGACGGGCGGUGGGGCCCCGUUUGCCGCGACGGCGGCCAUGGAGGGCGCCGACGUGGUGGAGGACGUCGUGGCGUCCUUCGUGGAUGAGGGCAGUGCGCUGCACGCGCGGGCAGUCCUGUCGGGGCGCCUCAUCGGCACCUCCGGGGUGCGCCUGUUCCUUGAGCGCCACCGCUAG